AUGUUGGCCCGAGAGCUGACGUCGUCGCAGGUCGCCGACCAGGUGAACGCCAUCUCCAAGGCCGGGAUGGCCGCCGUUUGGCGCUUCGGGAAGGCGCCCUACAACAAGGAGUGCCCAACGCUGGCGAUAUACAUGUCUCCGGCGACGGCCGCGGUCGUGGGGCCGGGUGGCGACUACACGCCGGACCGGGCCGUAAGCGACGUGGACGACCCCGACUUGGGGGCAGCCGCCUUGGAGGACACCGCAACAGACGGCGUCUAUGGAGCCAGUGGCUCCAAGGGAGUCGGCAUCGAGACCAGGCCCGAUGAGGAUGACGAGGAAGACGAGCCGUGCCCCUCCCGAGGUACAGGCAAGGCAGACACGGGCCCCUCCGCCGAGCCGACUGCUCGAGGCGGUACGCGGAAACGCAAGCAAGGCGUCGUCUUGUUCGGCAGCGUGCCGAAGAAGGCCAAGAAUCCGGCCGCCGCGACCAGGCGGAGGGAGGCCGCAGCGAAGGCGGCCAAGUACCAGAAGCUUCCAAAGGCACCUCCUAUGGUGUCGGCGGCUCCGCUCUCUCUUGAGAAGUCGGCCGCCGCUUCCAUCAUUGGGUUGGCGGAGACCUCUACCACCACCCAGCGAAUUGAUCCGGCCGCCGACCUCCAUGAGGCGAUGGAGCGAAACGCACGGGAGGCGCGCGAGGAGCAGGAGGCUGCCCGUCUGGAGAAGGCGGAAGCGGAGAAAGCGGAGGCUGCCGCCCUGAAGAAGCUGGCGGAGGCCGAGGCAGCCGCCGCGUCGAAGAAACAGGCCAAGGAGGCCGCGCGCCGCCAGUCGGCGAUAUUCGUCACCCCCUUGAACUCCGCGCCGCCGCCAUCAGAAUUCGUGGCGCCGGCUGGGGAAGCCGGCGACCAGCACCCGAUCAUGGAGAGGGACGGAGGUGAUGUCGUCAUGUCGGACGUAAUCGUGCCCCCGCCGCCGCCUUCUGAGGAGGCGCGGGACAAGCAGCCAGCUGAUCCACCAACGCCACCAGCCGGAGACGAGAUGGCGACGGACCCCUCUCCUGAAGUCCGCACCUCGACGCGUCACCGGCUUGCAAAGGUGGCUUCGGCGCCGCGCCCGCAGGAGACCGCCGCUGCGAGCUCUUCAAUCCCGGAUGCCGAGGCGACCAGCGCCGCGCCCACUGGUUUUGCAGAGGCCAACGCCGCCGUGCAGCAGCAGCUGGGCGAGGCCAACACCGUGCUGCGCGUCAAGGAGGUGGACUGCAACAAGCUGGCCGAGGAACAUGACAGGCUGGUCACGCAGCUGGCGGAGCAGACUUUUUCCCUGGUCAUUCUGACACCGCCAAUUAGGCCAUCGAAGCUGAUCGUGAAGGACGGAGGGCGGAAGGAGGCCCAGGAGGAGCUGGUGGCAGUAGAGGAUGACCUUGUCAAGCGUGCUGCGGCGAUCGCCGAGUACACCAACACCAGCGUCUUCAUCCCGGAGCGGGCCGAGAACGGCGCCGAGGCGCCACUAGAAUGUCUCGACAAACUUUGUUAA